AUGUGGAGGAAAAUAAACUCCUCACUGGUUUCUUAUUUCACUCUGGCUGCUUAUGUGGACUCUGGACUGUUGAGAUACUUGUUCUUCACGAUGGUCCUGUCCUUGUACUUGUUGAUCCUUUGUGCCAACGUGCUGCUGAUUGUAGUUAUCUGUAUGAACAGAAGUCUCCAUGAACCUAUGUACGUGUUCCUGUGCAGCCUGUUUGUAAAUGAACUGUAUGGUAGCACAGGGCUGUUUCCUCUGCUCCUGCUCCAGAUCCUCUCAGACGUUCACACUGUUUCUCGUCCUCUUUGUUUCCUGCAGAUCUUCUGUGUUCACUCUUAUGUUUGUAUUGGAUAUUUAAAUUUAGCCGUGAUGUCUUAUGACCGAUACCUGGCCAUCUGUUAUCCUCUGCAGUACAACACACGUAUGACAACUCAAACAGUUACGAUGCUAAUUGCUGUCACGUGGUUGUUCCCUUUUCUUGCGAUUGUUGUUUUGAUAUCGUUGACUUCCCCUUUACAGCUGUGUGGAAACAUCAUUCACAAAGUUUACUGUGACAAUUACUCUGUGGUGAAACUGUCGUGUUCUGACACCACAGUCAACAACGUCUAUGGACUCAUCUACACAUUUAUCUCCAUCAUCCUUCCUCUGGUUUUAAUCCUCUACACGUACGUGAGGAUUUUAAAGGUUUGUUUCUCUGGUUCCAAGCAGACGAGGCAAAAAGCCGUCAGCACCUGCACCCCCCACCUGGCCUCGCUGCUCAACUUCUCCUUCGGGGUUUGUUUUGAAGUAUUACAGAGCAGGUUUAAUAUGAGCAGUGUUCCUAUUAUGUUGAGAAUAUUUUUAUCUUUAUAUUUUCUGACAUGUCAGCCGCUGUUCAACCCUGUGAUGUACGGACUGAAGAUGUCUAAAAUCCUACGCCUGCUGUGUAAGAGUCGGCUCUUCAGUCCCUCCAGCAAAGUGUUUGAAUAA